AUGCUUCAGCCAGCUUCUCCUGAGCUCGAGCUUCAACAACCUCCUCAGGCCUCACAUGCAGCCCACUUCCCAGCGCGGGGUGCACUUAAGGCUCCAACAUCCCCGCUAAGGCAAUUCACGGUACCCAUCGACCUUUCGGCUUCAAUCCGACCGCCUCCUUCUGUCUUAACUUCAAACGCCACUGCCUAUGAUCCACACAGCGACUCACCUUCCCCACUCGAAGACUAUCCACGUGCAGGUCGCAGCAGUCACCAGCGCACGCUGACAGGCACAUUUCUCAACAACAGCCAGUCUUUUCUCAACCGCGCAUCAUCCACCAUACAGCAACAUACUUCCGCAGCAUCGAUUCGAUCGCAUUCGCCAAGCAAGUCGCUAGCCAGCUUUCUGCCUUCGAGGAGCGCAAUUGAUUCGACCAAGAGCUGGUUCAACGGAUCUUCGGCGCCCAUCAAACUUGGUCUUCAGCAGCAGGACGACGACACAGUCUCAGAGUCUGGAUCAGAAGUACCCUCUGAGUACUAUUCUUCGGACUCAGGAUCUGAGAGUGAGGAAGACGAGGAACAAUCAUACAAUACCAUGAACAUCUUCAACCGCAAGCCUACGCAUACUCGGGCGGCUUCCGAAACACCAGCGCGUUCUGAGCAGAUGGCGACAUCGACCAAGCCACAGUACCAAUCACCUGCCAGCAGCAGGUUUGCGUGGCUGUUGUCGACACAGAAGAAUGCCGCAGUGCCAUCGCCGACUCCAGCGCCGGUCUACCACAACGCCGACGAUGAGCUGCUCAAUAUGAAUAUCCCACAAGCUCUCUUUCCUCACGGUCCCGCCGAUCCUCUCGCGCCAUCGUCCUUCAACGACCUUCUCGCGAACGCUGAAGCCCUCCUUGCCCGCUACCAAAAGUCGUACCGCCAGCUGUCAACCGCACUUGUUGAUGCGCAAUCUGAGCAGAGCGCUCAGGACGACGAGCUGGAUGAGGCAGAGACAAGGGCGCGUCAUUUGAAGAUGCAGCUUGAGACAAUGGCGGCAAGGGCGACAGAGCAAGACGAGCAAAUGCGGCAACUGGUGGAGGACCUUGCAUUCGAGCGCCACGCUAGACAGGAGGAAGAAGCUGCGCGCAAAAGGAGCCUCGCGUUGAUCAGAAGCCAGCCUCAGUGUAGCUGCCAGGACGCACCGCGCCGCCGCAACCGCAUCUCGAACUCUGAGCUCAGCGUCGACUCCGGCUUUGAGUCCGAUGUCGAAACCGACGCCGCAAGCCUGUUCUCGAGAAAUUGUCUGAGCCCCACAGGCACCGAUCGAUCCUCCAUUCUCGAAGUUGAAGCCGAAGUCACACCGACAAAGCAUAAGAAAGUGCAGAGCUUACAGCGCAGUGGCACAUACGACAAGCACAGAGGCGGGUCAGUCAGUGUGCAGAGCUGGGGCUGCGCCAAUUGCGAAGGCGGCUCGCAAGCUUCUGUUUGGGGACGAUUGAGCAAGGAACGGGAAGAGAAUCGUGUGCUCAGGCACCGGGUAGAAUCGCUGGAGGAAGCUGUUGAGAGCGCCUUGGACGCUGUGGGUGGACAGAUGGGCAUGCCUUGA